AAUGGGCGCAUAAUUCCGCGGCAGUUUCAACUGGAAGCGACGAUUGCUAUGAUGGAAUUACGCGAUUCUUUGAUUGAUGUCGGAACUGGUUAUGGCAAGACUCUCUGUAUGAUCCUCCCUCAGCUUCUCGAUCCGGAAGGAAUCUCCAUCAACAUAUCUCCUCUUAAACGACUACAGACCGUGCAGGCUGCCGACUUUCUGACGUGGGGAAUCCGGGCACUUUGCAUCAACGAAGAUACCCCAAAUGACAAUAAACUAUGGAGUAGCAUUAGGAAUGGUGACUUUAAGUUCCUCAUUGUGUCUCCCGAGCAGUUUCAAGCAAUUGAAGGCAAGUAUCCGCGACUCGCUCGGAUGCUCCGCGAGACGAAGUCAUCUCCCUUGAUUCAAUCAAUUAAACGUGUCUUUGUCGACGAAGCGUAUAACAUACACACGGCUGGGCUU